AUGUUUUUCGAGGAUCGUUUAGCUGAUACUUCUGACUCAGAGAGUUCACUCAAAGAGGUAGUUAAUAAUGGGGAUGGUGAGCAUCGCUCCAUUGAAGUUCCCCAUCGACACCCUCCCAGUCUACCAGAAAGUAGUGCUCAACUACCUUCGCGUUUGGGCAGUGUGAGUUCUCCGAUUGCGGAUGAAGGCAAUGCCCCAAAGGUUUCCGCUUCCUUUGUAUCUUCGUUGGUACAGGCCACGGAGAAUGAACGUCACUGCCCUGAUAUUUUACUCUAUCCAGCAGCGCUUAUCGACACCGCUGUUGGCCUCAUAGCUCACCAACAGGAGCGCGUUCGUCAGCUUUCGGAGGCCGAGAAGCAGGCUUCAGCGCUCGAGUCGCCUGAUAGUAUGUCGUUGUUGCCAUUUAAGCCAUCGGACAUUAUGUCGCUGGAGCUACAGCGACUGCAGUUUUUCUUAUGCGAGCUGCUCCGCUGCCGGCUGCGGAAAAUUGAGGCGAUGUGUAUGAGUAUCUACUACGAAGGCCUGUUGGAAGGGGGGGCCCCCCCUCCCGAGGUUGAGAUCCGCUCCCCGCAGCGUGGCUUUCUCAGCCACAACGAGCGCGUCGUGGCCGAUCGGCUUGCAGUGGCCUCCCGACAGGCCGCGUUGCAGGCCGGGCUGGCAGGGGCGCCGGAGCCCCUUCAGCAUUUAGUCCCCCACCCCCCUGACGGCGAGGGGGGGGAGGUGCUGCCGGAGCCGGACCUCAACACAUACGUGUUCGGACUCGCCCUAGUAGAUCUCGGUGUGGUGCGCGUUGGGGAGUACGCGGAGCAGUCGAUUCAGUCGGGGGAUUUGUUUCUGAUGCCAUACUGGACCUUUCGGCCCUACGUGCGCGCGGGGCAGGUGCGGCUGGUGUAG